AUGCGACCGCAGGAAAUGAAGUGCAGCACUACUAAGUGUCCGCUGUUCGUAGACGACUCGCACUCGCUGUCUUUCUGCUUCAUCGGCAAGGUGGCGUCGACCAGCAUCAAGAGACUUUUCGCCCCACUCCUGAACGUCACAGUGAUCGGCAACACGUCCGACGCUCUGCACUGGUCUUUCAACUCACAGACGCUGCGGUUUGGUCCGAGAACGCUGGUGCACAGUCACCGCGGAGGAUACGCUAAGGCACGACACUACUUUGCUACCCUGUUAAAGAAGUGCCAGCCUUUCUCUCUCUCUCUCUCACAGGCGCUCUUCGUGAGACACCCGUUUGAACGCCUCGUGUCUGUCUACAUCAGUAAGGCGCUCAGGACGCGCUCGGAGCUGGAGUGGGCCUUCAAAGCCUACUGGGACAAGAUCCCCGGAGUCAAGGCCGAUAACCGCUGCCCAACGUUCUCCGAGUUCGUCGACUUCGUGCUGGCGAACCCGGUAGAAAAAUGGGACCCUCACUGGUAUCCGUACUACACGCGGUGUCAGCCCUGCCUGGUCGACUACGACUUCGUCGGCAAAUUGGAGUCGGCGGGCAGAGACUUCCCGCAGUUCUUCGCCAUCGUCGGCCUGGAUGUAAAUGCGACUCAGCUCAGUCACGAUAACAACCGGAAUAACGUGAGCGGCAUCAAGACGACGGACUCGAAGAAGUACUUCGCGCAGCUGUCGUUGGACCAGGUCAUGGGGUUGUACGCCCGCUACUUCUAUGACUUCGAGUUGUUUGGGUACGAUUUCAGGGACUAUCUGCUUUAACUGCGCAAAAUAAACUACUCGCAAAAUGCCAAGGCGCGCGGAGAAGAAAAUUCAGGCGUCGAUUCACGCAUUGUAACGGAAUGCCAAUCCAUUCACCAAUGCAGAACCGUAGGAAACAUCCACCUUCCAAAAACGCAGUGUUUCAAAGCUGAUCGGAGGAUUCAGCGGUUGCUAUAAGCAAAGAGACGCUUGGAGCAUUGGUGGGAAAAAGGCAGGAAACAAGUGGGGGCGGGCUCGUCACAGGCAUAGAUAACUUUAGGAGGUUUAAAGCGGAUAGGUCGAGUGCUAGAUA